AAGUGUUGAUUUCUACAAUGAGCAUAAUUAAAUUACAAACAACAAAGAACUGAUUUCAAAUGAUGAUGCUUAGCAAUGUAAAUCGAUUAAAAAAUACGAUAUGAAACUACCCUUCAGUAAAAUCAUAUCACCGUUCCUGAAGCCUUAUCUAGGUAACACAAGAAUGUUUUGUCAGCACCCCACGUUCGGUAUUAGCGUAUUUUAUACUUAUUUUUAUGGAACACUUGGCUUCUUUAUUAAUGCAAACCAUUUAAGGAAGCACUUAGGCGAAACUCCACUUACUACAGACGAGCAAGAUGGUAACUUUAUGCUCAUACAUGACCUGAAAAUCAUCGCAACUUCAAUGGGAUUAUUCCAAUAUGCCUGUCUGGUGGUGGGAUGCUUGACUGAAAAUCCCGCACUAUUCCUGCCACAUCUAGCGGGCCAGCUCUUCAUUGUUUUCGUGAAGACCCUCAACGUCUUACUAUUGCUGGCCCAUGUCAACCUCAAGUCGAUGGGAAAGCUGAAGCACAAGGUGCCAGCCAUAAUGCUCAUGACGUUCAACUGGUGUCAAGAGUUUUGCGUUUUCAGACAAUACCUCUGCGUUUGUGAUCUGUGAAUCAAGUAUAAUAAACGAUG